AUGGGGGAAUGUUACGCUUGUGGUGAGUUUGGUCACCUCUCAAGAGAUUGUCCCAAGAAGGGCAAACCCGGCUUUCAGGAGAUUUGCGGAGACUUUCGCCGUGGCCGCUGCGACCGAGGGGAGUCCUGCCGGUUUAAACAUGAAGGACCUCCAGCACCCCCUCCAGGGGGUCGUGGCGGUCGCGACCGGGUGAAAGAUGACCGACGCGACCGGGAUCGCAGGGAGCGACGCUACGACGACGAUGACCGUGGCCGCCGACGCGAUCGCAGCCGUUCGGAUCGCUACCGAGGGCGACGGCGCGGUGGCUCUGAGGAGCGGCGCCGGCGGCGUGACUGUAGCGAGUCUCGAUCACGUUCACGUGGCCGAAGACGAUGA